GUCAGUCCAUGUUACACCACAGCACAGUUGGUUAAAUUUUUCUGGUGCAAAAUGGCUACCGUGCAUUUCCCAGGUGAGUGCUUCUCAGUGGUGGUGGGUUGAGGUGAGUUCCUGCUUCACUGUGAACCACUUUAAAGAUUGUGAGAUGACCCCUGUUGAAUUAACGCAAUCCGUUAUUAUACAAUGAACAAGGUGAGUAGUCGCACGUGCCUGUCUUUCUUUAUAUUGACAAAUGUACUUCAGCUGAGUGCACCUGAACUUGCUUAGUGUUUGGAAUUGAGGCCACCUUUGAAAGCCAGGUUUCUGCCAAAACUGGCGUUGCGUCUAUAGCUUCCGGAUCAAGUGCAACCGAUACAGCAGCUUUUAGGUCAUCAUUACGGGCCUUAGUGUCCUGGAUGAAUUCCUCAUCAGGCCAAUUCCUCAGCUGGGUAUAGAAGUACUGGCCUCAGCUGAUAUGUCCAUGUGGUGAGUUUUCUGCCGAGAAAUGGCCAUCAGGUGGGUGUGAUUUUGGUAAUUUGAGGUACGUUACUUCCUCCUUCGUCACAGCAAAGCUUUUUGAGUACCAUGAAAGGCAAUGGAAGAUUCUAUAUUAAUCCAACAUUAUUUUUUAUCUAGACUUGUAGUCACACAGCGUUUCUCAUGUGUUUGUGGCGUUAUGCUCCCUCCUCUGUUCCGUCUCCUCAGGGCCUCACUGACUUUGGAUGGGACGGGGUUUGGUACAGCCCCAGAACUGCUCCACACUGAUUUAAGAAUGGCGGGUCCCAUGGCAGGUUUUGUGCAUAAAUGGAAUGUGAACAUUCACCGUCGCACGUGUGGCAAUGUCUGUGCCAUGGAGCCCACUGCUUCUGGAAUGUUCUGUGACAGAAUGCUCAGUAUGGUCAAUUCCGAGGAUGUGAAUGCAAUCAUCCAAGCUCAGAGACACAUGCUGGACCGCUUUGAGAAGACGAACGAGAUGCUCCUGAACUUUAAUGGCCUCUCCAACGUGCGGCUCCAGCAGAUGAACGAGCGCUUCCUGCACCACACGCGCACACUGGUGGAGAUGAAGAAGGACCUGGACAGCGUCUUCAGGAGAAUCAGGACUCUGAAAAGCAAGAUUGCAAAGCAGUAUCCAGAUGCUUUCAGCAACGUCCACGAAUCUCCCGUCCUGGAGGACGAGGACGACGAGUUCGACCCCGUCCCGCCCAGCGUGGCCACCACGACGGCCACCUCGGAGCAGAGCACCGAGUCGUGCGACUCCAGCCCCGACGUCGUCUCCCCUGCCGCCAGCCGCUGCUCGGAGGAGCCCUCCCAGGAGCAGCCGGACACGCCCACCUCGGACGGUCCGUGUGGCGGGGCGGUGCUGCAGGAUGAGGGUCCCGACUAGGCCCCUGACUUGGGUGGUGUGGAGGGGCGGGACUUAACCUGCUGCUCUGUAUGACUGAUGCUCCGAUUGGCUGUUUUUUUUUUUUUUUGCCUUUUUUUGUUCUGCACUCUUUAAGCCAUUCAGCACUAACUGCCGCAAGAAGAAAAUACUUGAAUUUUCCUUGUAUGUUAAUUUAAUCCUUACAAAUGCAAUGCCGAAACUGCUAUUAGUGUGCUAUUUACAGUUGGCAGCUUUUUAAUACUUUUGUCUCAGUUGUAUUUUCCAUUUCCGGAGCUGGGGGAAAAAUAGGUAGCCCUUUGUACCUUUAUGGGAUUAUGUUUUUAAAGGGUAAAUCUGUUGGCGACCUACAUUUCUCCAUUUAAUUUUUCAUUCCCCAUGAGAUAGGUCAUGGUUGGUAUUUGUUUUUAUCUAGCAUUUUGAAUCUAACCGUUUCCCAGAUGGCUGCAUCCUGUACAGCAUAGAGAGCACAGUUUUUACACUAUGGUCCUGCAGUUGGAUGUAUGUGAUAGCAAUUCUGGUGACAGUACUUUACUCUACAGAAUGACAACAGCGCCCCCUCUGGGCCUGAUAUGACACUGCCACUCAUAGGAAUCUGUUGCCUCAUUAUUGAUGCUCAACAGAAAAUUAUGGUACUCAUGUUUUGACCCCAAAGACACAAAAUGUGAACAGUUAGAUUUAUUUCUCUUUUUGAUCUGUUUUUUUGAAAACAAGUUAAUGUAACUUGUGUGUGAAAAAGUGUUAUAGAUGGAAGUGUUUGGUUUUAGAUUUACUAGUAAUUGUAAAUUUUAAACAGUGACUUGGGGAGAUUUAAAGAAAAUGACGUUUAUUCAGAUAUUGAGCUUCAGUACACGCUGAUGGCAGUAAUGGAGACAGGGAAGCCUCCCGUGGAUCACCAGCAAGUGCACAGUGACCUCUGACCCCUGGCUGCCGAACUCCGCUGUGCCCUGAAUGAUGGGUAAUCCAGGUAACGUGAUGGAGUGCAGUUGCCUCUCCUCAGGUUUCUGUGCUACCAAAUACCCUAGAAAAGUGGUGGGGAAAUACAUUGUUGUAAUGGAGCUCUCUGCCUGUACAUGUACUUUAUGAACAGUAAAUAUGACCACGUGAUUAAUGCCUGUAUUAAACUAAUUUUACAAAUCCAGUAAAUUAUUAAAUAUGCUAAAACUAUUGACUAGCAUUGACA